CAUUUCCGCAUUGGUGAGCGACUUCCGAUUAGCUACCGCCGCUGCCGCUGCGCGUUCUCCCCCACUCCUCUACCAAUAGGACUACGCGCCAUACUUCCGUGGCUUCGUGGACGCGCUACGCUGCUAGCUUCGCACAGUGGCGAAUCGAAGGGAAAAAAUACGUACUCUCUGCCCGUUAACCUGCGAUGUCGAGUUGAUUUUUAACUUUGACUUUAACCCGCCUCACGCUCGCAGCUCCAUUUUUUUUAACGGACCGGAGCGCUAAAUAUGGCCAGCAAAGUAUGGCAUACAGAAUUGUGGAAGUCAUGGGAUAAGCAUGGGAAAAACGAUUUCCUCAAGCUUAUCAAGCACAAAUUUAAGGAAGGCAACACACCAGAAUGGAGACGCGGAUUAUACGAAUUAAUAUCAAAUGGAAUCCAUGGAAACGUAAAAAAGGACAGUGUAGUUCAGACACUAGGUGAACUUAUGAGUUUCGAUGGCUCCAUACCAUCUGCAAUAGUAGACAUAAUUACUUUAAUUGAUGCGGAGGUGCACAAUGAAGAAAGGAACAACUUUUACUGUAUCGUGAAAGAGUCUGAGAAGUUUUUGCCCGAUAGACUGUUGAAAGAACGUUUAGAGAUUGAAACUUUGCAAGAUGUAGGGACGUUGAAAAACAAAAACUUUCAAACCAAGUUUAUAAAAGUAAAAACCAAGUUGUAUUAUAAGCAGAGGAAAUUUAAUUUAUUUCGUGAAGAGAGCGAGGGUUACUCCAAGCUCGUUGUAGAAUUGAAUCAGGAGCGUCCAGACAGUGAGGUGGCGUCGACCCUGGAAAUUGUUAAAUCCCUUAUCGGUUAUUUCAAUCUUGAUCCUAAUAGAGUACUCGACAUCUUACUAGAAACUUUUGAAAAUCGACCGCAAGACGACGCUCUAUUUAUUCCCUUAAUACGUUCGUACAUGAGCGAUCAGCAGGUACUUUGUGAGGUGUUAGGAUUCAAGUACUGCUCCACCAUCAACACCACGCCGUUCUCGCUGCAGAAGGUCACCGCGCUCAUGCUGCAGCACGGUGUGAUCAAACUGGACGACAUAUUACCUUGGCUAGUGCCAGACGAUAAAACUAUCAUAUCAGAUCAUGAGCAGGUAAUGAAGCAGGCCAAGGAAUACGUGCGGAAAUUGAGCGUGAUCUCGACGAAGGACAAAGAGGAAGUUGUAGAAGAGAAGGAAAAUGCACAGGACAAGUACGCGAGCAAUCAAAAGUUUGGAUUAUGUGAAGCGCUUCUGGAAAUUGGAGCUUGGGAAGUGGCACAAAGUUUAUUCAAUCGCUUACCGGACUACUGUUUUACGGAUCAACGCCCCAUAGCUCUAGCAUUGUGCAAAAUGAUUCAGUCUCUUAUCGAACUGGUGUACAGAAAGCAUUGUAUUGUCUCCCCCAAAUUACCGGGUCGUAAAGUGCCUCCGUUAAAGAGUACCCUCGCGCCGCCGUCGUUACGCGAUCUGGAGGACAUUCAUAACUACUUGCUGCCAAUGCUGAUCGUACUUGGUCCGAAUCUACACCAGGAUCCUAUUCUAAUGUACAAAGUGAUGAGACUGUGUUACGCCGCUAUCAAGCACUGUCCGCUUGACGCGAGCAAGCAACCAUUGAACAAGAACUGCAGCCUCUACUACGAUGUACUGACGAUACUCGACGUCGCGCUGCUACCAUCCCUGUCCUUCAUGGACUGCAACUGUUGUGUCGCCGAGGAGCUAUGGAACAUCCUCAAGUACUAUCCCUAUCAGAAUCGCUAUUGCCUGUAUGCGCGCUGGAAGAAUGACACGCCGUUACAGCAUGCCGCAUUGCUGCGGAAACGUGCGGAUGCUCAAAAGAAGAUCAAGUCAAUCAUGAAGCGCGUGAGCAAGGAAACGAUCAAGCCGGUUGGCCGUUCAAUAGGCAAGCUUACGCAUUCCUCACCGGGUGUAUUAUUCGAUUAUGUCCUAAUACAGAUCCAGUUGUAUGACAACCUGAUAGGACCUGUGGUGGACUCCUUAAAAUACUUGACAAACAUCUCGUACGAUGUGUUGGGGUAUUGUCUCGUGGAGGCAUUGGCAGGUGCCGACAGAGACAGAUUUAAACACGAUGGUACCAGUAUAUCCUUGUGGCUGCAAUCUCUGGCUUCUUUUUGCGGGGCGAUAUUUAAGAAGUAUAACAUCGAAUUAACAGGGUUGCUACAGUAUGUAGCAAAUCAACUUAAAGCUCAAAAGAGCCUAGAUCUAUUAAUAUUAAAAGAAAUAGUACAAAAAAUGGCUGGUAUCGAGGCGGCCGAAGAAAUGACGUCUGAUCAACUGGAUGCUAUGGCAGGCGGAGAUCUGUUGAAAAACGAGGCCGGUUACUUUAGUCAAGUCCGCAACACGAAGAAGUCCUCGCAGCGUUUAAAGGAAGCUCUCUCCGAGCACAGUCUCGCGGUUGCUCUGUGCUUAUUAAUGGCACAGCAGAAACACUGCGUCGUUUAUAGAGAGACAGAUAAAUCUCAUUUGAAACUCGUCGGCAAGUUGUACGAUCAGUGCCAGGAUACGUUGGUGCAAUUCGGGACUUUCCUGGGCUCGACCAUGACGGUGGACGAAUAUGUGGACCGAUUACCCUCGAUCCAUUCUAUGCUCCAGGACAAUCACAUCCACGCGGAUGUUGCAUUCUUUCUGGCGCGGCCAAUGUUUGCGCAUGCCAUAAAUAUAAAAUAUGAUGCUCUUCGUAAAGCUGAUCCGAAUUAUAAGAAAAUGUCCACGGCUAUGAAGCAAUUAAAGUACGCGGAAGCCGCGCAAGCCGUCAUGGCACCUGUCGCUCAGUCCGUCAGGCCAUUGCAUCCUCUAAAAGUUUGGGAGGACAUAUCGCCGCAAUUCUUAGUCACAUUUUGGUCUCUAUCGAUGUACGAUUUGUACGUGCCAGUGGAAAGCUAUCAAAGGGAAAUCAGCAAGUUGAAGCAACUUGCAGCGCAAACCGCCGAUUCCAAAGACCUGAAUGUAAGUAAAGGAAAGAAAGAACAAGAAAGAUAUACCACUCUUAUCGAGAAGCUACAGGACGAAAAGAAGAAGCAAGACGAACAUGUUGAAAAAGUUUUUGCGUACCUGAGACAAGAAAAGGAUACAUGGUUUUUGUCACGAAGCGCUAAGUCUGCGAAAAACGAGACGAUAACGCAAUUUCUACAGUUGUGCCUAUUCCCGCGAUGUACAUUCACAACUGUGGACGCCAUGUACUGUGCGAAAUUUGUACAUACCAUCCACUCUCUGAAGACUGCAAAUUUUUCAACUCUUCUUUGCUACGAUCGUCUUUUCUGUGAUAUUACAUAUUCAGUCACUUCGUGCACAGAGAACGAAGCAAAUCGAUAUGGCAGAUUUUUAUGCGCCAUGCUGGAAACUGUGAUGCGAUGGCAUUCCGAGAAAGCCAUAUUUGAUAAGGAAUGCAGUAAUUAUCCCGGUUUCGUGACCAAGUUCCGUGUGAGCAAUCAAUUUUCCGAAGCGAAUGACAUGGUCGGAUUUGAAAAUUAUAGACACGUGUGUCACAAAUGGCACUAUAAGAUCACAAAGGCUAUUGUGGUGUGUCUAGAUUCUAAGGAUUAUGUGCAAAUAAGGAAUUCUUUGAUAAUAUUGAUAAAGAUAUUGCCACAUUUUCCUGUCUUGGCAAAACUCUCUCAGAUCCUUGAACGUAAGGUGGAGAAGGUGAGGGAAGAAGAGCGUGGUCAGCGUCAGGACUUGCACGUUUUGGCCACAUCAUACAGCGGACAGUUAAAAGCUAAAACUCCCAGUAUGAUACGCGAAUCAGACUUCCACUAUGUGGGCGAUAAGGCUGGUAAGACACAACAAGAUACAACGAGUAGUGAAACGAGUGAAAAAGUUAGUAAUGGAGUAGCAGUGAAGGAAAAUAACAACGGAGACGCUCGGCCGGAAAAGGAAAACAAGGAGCAGCGAGAAAAGCGAAGUUCCUCUAAUCAAACGCAUCACGAAAACUCUGAGAAGUUUAGAAAGAAGGAAGACAGUAAGGAUGUUUUGGAAGCAAAAGAGAAAUACGUGAAAAAAGAAGAGGUGAAAGACGAUGAGGGAUUAGAUAAAAAGGAUCGCAAAUAUUAUAAGGAAGAGCACUAUUAUAGCGGUGGUGUAGACAAUUUAGACCGAGACCUUUCCAGUGUGUCAAAUAGUAGUGCUAGUUCGGGUCCUACACCAGAAGGUCCUGAGAGAGUUCCAGAUGUAAAAAGAAGAAAAGUAGAGAGCGCUCCAAAGCAGGAAGGAAGACGCACGGAGGCUGUUCUCGAUAAGAAAGAACGUUCCAGUAAAGGGAAAGCACGCGACGAACAGAAAGAGUUGCGUAGGGAAAAGAAACAGGGACGGAAAAGGGAUCGAGCAGAGGAAUCCAUAGCAACCACUGAACAAAAACGAAGAAAAGAUGACGAGAGAGCCAAAGGCACACAUCAAAACGGUGACAUUCCUGAACAUAGAGAAAAGCAUCAUUACAGUAAGGUCAGUAACAUCAAUUUAGCACUUUUUAUGAUGAUAUUAUUAAACGGUUCAACUUCUAUUCAAAACGUACUCGACUGUUUCUUUCCUCUUGAAUUCUUUGAUUUUUGUUUCGUUAAUUUUCGUUUACAUUUUGAUUAUUUCUACUUUUCUCUGCUUACUUGUUUCUUAUUGAAAUUUGUUGUAAUUUACAUUAGGCGGAAGAAUAUCUAGAAUAAUUCAAUAUUUUAUCUUGAUUUUCAGCUUUUGUUAUUCUAAAAUAUAUUACAAUUUUUAUUAUUUUAUUAUUGCAUACUGUUCUGCAUUCGUACAUUGUUUUAACAUUCACAUAUUCGCUAACAUUUUGGGAUAUUUAGUGUAGGACAAGUUCUUAGCUAGAAGAAAUACAACAUAAUUUGUUAACAAUACGAAAAUGUUAAACAAGAAAAUAUUAAUGCAUUUGUGAAAGUUUUACAAAUUCGUAGAAAAAGAUAUAAAAUACAUUAGCUCUACGUCUUAUGACACAUGUAUAUUUUCGAUUUUUUAUAGUAUACUUCGAUGAGAUUUAUUACACAUCGUAUAUCAUGAGAUUUCUAACAUAUAAAUUGCAAUUAUUUUUAUAGCGCUGUGUAACUAGCCGACUUGUUUUAUGAAAACUUAAUCAAGUUAUUAUUUUCUUAACAAUUUUCUAUUACUUCAUAGUUGAUAAAGAUGUCUACUUCGGGUACGUUAAAAGGACGAAAUGGGCGGCAAUAGCAAAAACAAGAAAGUAUAGAUGUCAAUUACCCUCCUCUUCCCCCUCCAAUAUCAGUCGCAAGAAAUCAUGGCAUUCGGGAGACUUAUUCAAGAAUGUAUUUUCAGGAAAAAUCUCCAUACGCAAAGGAUCGUCCGCAUGAACGUGAGGGCCGAGAAAGCCGUGACAAACAAUAUCCUUUUCUAUAGCUUU